CGUUCGCUAUUGGCUGGGGGCGGAGGAGCGGUUUAGGCCGGAGCUGUCAGUGAUUCUCCCGGUACUGGCGGCUGGUGAUGGCGGUGAGACGGUGAGGAGCUUCCCGCUUAGGGAACAUGGCCACAAUGGAGAAGCUGAUGAGAGCCUUCGAGUCGCUGAAGUCCUUCCAGCAACAGCAGCAGGGACCCACCGUGCCUGAGGAGCCGCUACCCCGAGCGAAGAAAGAUCCAUCGACGAACAAGAAAGAUCGCGUGAAUCACUGUCUGACAAUAUGCGAGAACAUAGUUGCCCAGUCUCUGAGGAAUUCUCCCGAGUUCCAGAAGUUGCUGGGGAUCGCCAUGGAGCUCUUCCUGUUGUGCAGUGAUGACGCAGAGUCUGACGUCAGGAUGGUGGCUGAUGAGUGUCUCAAUAAAGUGGUGAAAGCUUUGAUGGAUUCAAACCUUCCAAGGCUACAGCUUGAGCUGUACAAAGAAAUAAAAAAGAACGGUGCCCCGCGGAGCCUCAGAGCUGCCCUCUGGAGGUUUGCUGAACUGGCACACCUCGUUCGACCUCAGAAGUGCAGGCCUUACUUGGUGAACUUGCUUCCUUGUCUCACAAAAAUAUGUAAGCGCCAGGAAGAAUCGGUACAGGAGACACUUGCUGCUGCUAUUCCAAAAAUCAUGGCUGCUUUUGGAAACUUUGCAAAUGACCAUGAAAUCAAGGUUAUGCUAAAAGCUUUUGUAGCCAAUCUAAAAUCAAGUUCUCCCACAAUCCGCCGCACAGCAGCUGGUUCUGCCGUCCAUAUUUGCCAGCAUUCCCGGAGAACGCAGUAUUUCUACACGUGGCUUCUCAACGUCCUUCUGGGUCUUCUCAUUCCUAUUGAAGAUGAACAGCCAACUCUCUUAAUCUUGGGAGUCUUAUUAACACUACGCUACCUGAUCCCAUUACUACAACAGCAAGUGAAGGACACAAGUCUCAAAGGCAGCUUUGGGGUUACCAGAAAAGAAGCUGAAAUAUCGCCAUCUCGAGAGCAGCUAACACAGGUUUAUGAACUGACAUUACAUUAUACUCAGCACAGAGAUCAUAAUGUGGUGACGGGUGCUCUGGAGCUGUUGCAGCAGAUAUUCAGGACGCCUCCUAUUGAGCUGCUCAAUGUCCUGACAUGUUCUGGAGGCAUUCAGCAUGUCACCAUUUGUCGAGAUGAGUCUCAAAACCGUAGCCGCAGUGGUAGCAUUGUGGAGCUCAUAGCCGGCGGGAGCUCUGCCUGCAGUCCUGCUCUGUCCAGGAAACAAAAAGGUAAGAUGCACUUGGGAGAAGAGGAAGGAUUGGAAGAUGAGGCAGAAGGCAAGUCUGAUGCCACCACUGCUCCUUUUACAGCUGGGUCUAAGAAGGAAGGCUCCUCUGAAGUGGCUACAUCCUCUGGUGUCCCUACUGCAGCAUCUGCUGCCACUCUGGACUCUUCAGCUCAUGACAUCAUCACUGAGCAACCACGGUCCCAACACACUUUGCAGUCUGACUCUGUAGAUCUCAGCAACUCGGAUGUCCCCAGCACUGUUACAGAGGGGGACGAGGAAGACAUUUUAAGCCGCAGUUCCAGUCAGAUCAGCACUGUCCAGUCUGACGCCAACAUGGACCUGAAUGAGGGAACCACCCAGGCUUCCUCACCAGUGAGCGACAGCUCUCAGACCACCACAGAAGGUCCAGACUCUGCUGUCACCCCUUCGGACAGCUCGGAAAUUGUAAUCGAUGGUGCUGAGAACCUGUAUUCCGGCAUGCAGAUUGGGCAGCUCCAGGACGAGGAAGACGAAGGAGCGAUCAUCCACCAAGAAGAGUUGGUCGAUCGUUUUGGGAACAUGUCUCUUGGGCUGAAUCAGAGUCAUUUACUAAAAUCCUUGGGCCACAGCCGCCAAUCAUCUGAUAGCAGCGUGGAUCGCUUUGUAACAAAGGAGGAAGUGGUGGAGCCUGGCGACCUGGAGAAUAAGCCGUCUCGGAUAAAAGGAGAUAUUGGACACUACACAGAUGGAAAUGCUGCUCCCCUUGUUCACUGCGUUCGCCUGUUAUCUGCUUCCUUCUUGCUCACUGGACAGAAGGGUGCUCUUGUACCAGACAGAGAUGUGCGGGUGAGUGUGAAAGCACUGGCAUUGAGCUGUAUAGGGGCAGCUGUCGCUUUGUAUCCUGAGGCCUUCUUCAACAAGCUGUACAAGCUGCAGACAGACGCUAUGGAGCCAACAGAUGUGCAGUAUGUUUCAGACAUCCUAAAUUACAUUAGUCAUGGGGACCCUCAGGUCAGGGGGGCCACAUCUAUUCUAUGUGGUACUAUCGUCUUCUCCAUCCUCAACAAGUCCCGAUAUGAUGCUGAGCGCUGGCUGGCCAUUGUUAAAAGCUGUUCUGGGAAUAGUUUUUCAUUGGAAGAUUGCAUUCCCUUGUUGCAAAAAUGUCUGAAAGAUGAAUCUUCUGUGACCUGCAAGCUGACUUGUGUGGCAGUCAGGCAUUGCAUAUCCAGUCUAUUGUGUAGCACGUACAGUGAACACGGGCUACAGCUGAUGAUCGAUCUGCUCACUUUGAAGAACAGCUCUUACUGGCUUGUCAGAACAGAACUGCUGGAGACUCUGGCAGAGAUCGAUUUUAGGUUGGUCAAUUUCUUAGAAGGGAAAGCAGAUGGACUUCAUAGAGGUGUACAUCAUUAUACUGGGAGGCUACAUAUUCAGGAUCGAGUGCUGAAUGGUGUGAUUAUCAGCCUUUUGGGAGAUGAAGACGCUCGGGUGAGGCAUGUAGCCACAGCAACUUUAGCCAAAAUAGUUCCAAGGCUGUUUUUUCAUUGUGAUCAAGGGCAAGCUGACCCUGUAGUGGCAGCAGCCAGAGACCAAAGCAGUGUCUACCUGAAAUUGCUCAUGCACGAGACCCAGCCAGCAUCCCAUUUUGCUGUCAGUACAAUCACAAGGAUCUACAGAGGGUAUAGCAUUAUGCAGAGCCCCACAGAUGUCACUAUGGAGAAUAAUCUGUCCAAAGUCAUCACUGCAGUUUCUCACGCACUGACAACAUCAACCACUCGAGCAUUGACGUUUGGUUGCUGUGAAGCUUUGUGCCUGUUAUCCUCUGUUUAUCCAGUAAGCACAUGGAGUGUUGGGUGGCAUUGUGGUAUUUCCCAGCAGAGCCCCUCCGAAGAACCACGCAAGAGCUGCACUGCCGGUAUGGCCAAUAUGAUACUGUCUCUGUUGUCCUCAGCCUGGUUUCCACUUGAUCUCUCCGCUCACCAGGAUGCCUUGAUACUGGCUGGAAAUUUGAUGGCAGCUACUGCUACUAAAUCUUUAAAGAACCCCUGGACAGGGGAGGAUGAAGCCAACCCGACCGCUACCAAGCAAGAGGAGCCAUGGCCAGCUCUAGGUGACCGCUUGAUGGUUGGCGUGGUGGAUCAGCUGUUCAUUCAUUUACUGAAGGCCAUCAAUAUAUGUGCUCAUGUGAUUGAUGAUGUCCCUCCAGGGCCUGUAGUGAAGACUACUCUUCCAUCUUUAACUAACCCCCCUUCUUUAAGUCCCAUCCGGAGGAAAGGGAAGGAGAGGGAGAGUGCUGAGCAGACCUCAGUGCCGCUGAGCCCAAAGAAAGUCAGCGACACCACUCCAGCUUCACGCCAGACAGAUGCCUCUGGCCCAGCUCAAACAAGCAAAUCUCUCGGCAGUUUCUACCAUCUCCCAUCCUAUUUAAAGUUGUAUGAUGUUUUGAAAGCCACCUAUGCCAACUAUAAGGUAACACUGGAUCUUCAGAGUAACAAUGAAAAGUUUGGGGGUUUUCUUCGCUCUGCUCUGGAUGUCCUCUCUCAGAUUUUGGAACUAGCUACCCUGACUGAUAUCGGCAAGUGUGUGGAAGAAAUCCUGGGUUAUCUGAAGUCCUGCUUUAACAGGGAGCCGGUGAUGGUCACGAUAUGUGUGCAACAGCUAUUGAAAACCCUUUUUGGAACCAAUUUGGCAUCUCAGUUUGAGGCGCUGUGUUCAAACCCUAGUAAAACCCAGGGAAAAGCUCAGCGCCUUGGCUCUUCUAACCUGCGACCCGGCUUGUACCAUUACUGCUUCAUGGCUCCGUAUACACAUUUUACCCAGGCUCUGGCAGAUGCCAGUCUACGUAACAUGGUUCAAGCUGAUCAGGAGUAUGACCCAUCAGGGUGGUUUGAUGUGCUUCAGAAGGUUUCCUCUCAGUUGAAGAACAGCAUUACCAACGUUACUAAGCACCGUGCAGAUAAGAACACUAUUCAUAACCACAUUCGUCUAUUUGAGCCUCUGGUGAUUAAAGCUUUGAAGCAGUACACCACGACUACAUCUGUGCAGCUGCAGAGACAGGUCCUCGAUCUUCUAGCUCAACUUGUCCAACUUCGAGUCAACUACUGUCUGCUGGACUCUGAUCAGGUGUUCAUUGGCUUUGUGCUGAAGCAGUUUGAGUACAUUGAAGUAGGCCAGUUCAGGGAAUCGGAAGCCAUCAUUCCCAAUGUCUUCUUUUUCCUGGUUCUUCUGUCCUAUGAACGGUACCACUCUAAGCAGAUCAUCGGCAUUCCUAAAAUCAUUCAGCUGUGUGACGGCAUCAUGGCCAGCGGGAGGAAAGCUGUUACCCAUGCCAUUCCAGCUCUGCAGCCCAUAGUCCAUGACCUCUUUGUAUUAAGAGGAACCAAUAAAGCCGAUGCAGGGAAAGAGCUGGAGACUCAGAAGGAAGUGGUGGUGUCCAUGCUGCUUAGACUUAUCCAGUAUCAUCAGGUCCUAGAGAUGUUUAUUCUGGUACUGCAGCAGUGUCACAAAGAGAAUGAGGACAAGUGGAAGAGGCUCUCCCGCCAGAUAGCGGACAUCAUUCUGCCUAUGUUGUCAAAACAACAGAUGCACAUAGACUCCCAUGAUGCUCUGGGUGUGUUGAACACUCUAUUUGAAACUCUGGCUCCUUCCUCCCUACGUCCAGUAGACAUGCUGCUGAGAAGUAUGUUCGUCGUUCCAUACACUAUGGCCUCUGUGAGCACCGUCCAGCUUUGGAUAUCUGGAAUAUUGGCCAUCCUCAGAGUUCUCAUCUCACAGUCUACAGAGGACAUUGUUCUCUCCCGGAUCCAGGAGCUGUCCUUCUCCCCCCUUCUCAUCUCAUGUCAGAAUAUUGCCAAAUUGCGGGAUGGAGACAAUAACCAUCAAAACACUGAGAACGGUGCUGAGCAGAACCAGACAAAGGCCCCACCAGAGGAGACAUUCUCUCGGUUCCUGUUACAGCUGGUGGGGAUUCUCUUGGAGGACAUAGUAAACAAGGAGCUAAAGGUGGACCUGACUGAACAGCAGCAUACUUUCUACUGCCAGCAGCUGGGCACCCUGCUCAUGUGCCUUGUCCACAUCUUCAAAUCAGGAACAUUCCGAAGGAUAACAAAUGCAGCUUCAAGACUGUUCAAGGGGGAUGGAGACAAUGGGAACUACUACUACACGUUGGAGAGCCUCAGUGACCUUGUGGAAUCCAUGUUUCCAACCCACCCUUCUCUAGUGCUGCUGUGGUGCCAGUUUUUGCUGCUCAUAGACUACACCAACUACAACUGGUGGUCAGAAGUACAUCAAACGCUCAAGAGGAACAGCCUGUCUAGUACCAAACUGCUGCUAAGUCCCCAGAUGUCAACUGAUAGCGAUGAGCCUCACCCGGAGUCCAAACUUGGCAUGUGUAACCGGGAGAUUGUGCGGAGAGGAGCCCUCAUUCUAUUCUGUGACUAUGUGUGUCAGAACCUGCAUGAUUCAGAGCAUCUUACCUGGCUGAUAGUUAAUCACGUUCAGGAUCUCAUCUACCUGUCACAUGAACCGCCGGUGCAAGAUUUUAUUAGUGCAAUACACAGAAACUCAGCUGCCAGUGGUCUCUUCAUCCAGGCCAUACAUUCCCGCUGUGAGAAUCUAGCAACGCCGACUUCUCUGAAGAAGACAUUGCAGUGCUUGGAAGGCAUUCACCUGAGUCAGUCCGGUGCAGUGUUGAUGUUAUAUAUAGACAAGCUGCUGUGUACCCCAUUCCGUGUGCUGGCUCGCAUGGUGGAUACACUGGCCUGUCGUCGGGUGGAAAUGCUAUAUUUUGUAUCAUUACAGAAUAGCAUGUCUCAGUUACCUCUAGAAGAGUUGGAUAGGAUACAAGAGUAUCUGCAGAGCAGUGGCUUAGCACAAAGGCACCAAAGACUUUUCUCUCUGCUGGACAGAUACCGGGUGACCGUGGAUUCAGACACAGUUAGCCCCUUACCUUUAAUGACCUCUCACCCGCUGGACGGGGACAGUCACCCACGACUGGAAACAUUGGACCCCGAUGAGGAGUGGUAUGUGUCCCUGGUACGUUCCCAGUGUUAUACACACUCUGAUUCUGCGCUGCUGGAAGGGGCAGAACUGGUAAACCGAAUACCUCAGGCUGAUCGUCUCGCCUUCAUGACCAAUAAGGAGUUUAACAUGAGCAUGCUAGCCCCGUGUUUGUCCCUGGGAGUGAACCAGAUGAUAGGCGAUCAGGACAGCAGCUUCUUUGAAACAGCCCAGUCUGUCCUGCUGGAUCUCAUCUCGCAGACCGUUCAGCAGCUGCCAGACACUCAUCAGAUCUUUCAGCCUCUGAAGCCAAUGGAGAAAGACUCCUACUGGGAGAAGAUAAUCACAGUAUUGGGUGACUCUGAAGUAUAUUAUUCCCUUGUCACCCUGUGUCGUGCGCUGGCGCAGUACCUGCUGUCUCUCCCCAAAAUACCUCAGUCUUUUCACAUACGGCAGGAAAAUGAAGUGGACAUGGUGAAGUUUGUGGUCAUGUCGGUGGAGGCAUUGUCCUGGCAUUUUGUACAAGAACUGAUACCGUUGGGAGUGGAUCUCCAAGCUGUGCUGGAGUGUUGUUGUCUGACUCUACAACAGCCAGGAUUGUGGAAUUUGCUGGCUUCUGCAGAGUAUGUGACCCACGGCUGCUCCCUUAUCACCUGCAUCCGCUUUAUUAUAGAGGCUGUUGCUGUUCAACCUGGAGAGCAACUUCUGAGCCCAGAGAGGAAGAAAAACGCCUCGCCUGAAGACCAAGCAGGAGAGGAGGGGCAUUCUGGAGUGCGAGGUACACAGGGAGCAUUAUUUCUUAAGACCGCCUGCACCAUGAUGUCAGAGAUGGUGGACUCCCUGCAGACAGUUUUGUUGUUUGGACACAAGAAGAGCUGCCAUAUUGCCGCAUUUCUCACUCCGGUGUUACAGAACAUAGUUGUAAGCCUGGCUAGAUUGCCUGCAGUCAACAGCUACAACAGAGUCCCACCGCUGGUAUGGAAAUUGGGAUGGUCUCCCAAAACCGGAGGAGAAUUUGGAACCUCACUUCCUGAGAUCCCUGUUGAGUUUCUACAAGAGAAAGAAGUAUUCAAAGAAUUUAUCUACCGCAUCAAUACAUUAGGAUGGACAAGUCGCACCCAGUUUGAGGAGACUUGGGCCACACUGCUUGGAGUUCUGGUGACUCAGCCUAUUGUAAUGGACCAAGAAGAAAGUCAGCAAGAGGAAGACACAGAGCGAACGCAAAUAAAUGUCCUCGCUGUACAAGCCAUCACUUCUCUGGUCCUCAGUGCUAUGACUAUUCCUUCUGCCGGCAACCCAGCCAUCAGCUGCCUGGAACAGCAGCCACGGAACAAGACCCUAAAAGCCCUGGACACCAGGUUUGGCAGGAAGCUGAGUGUUGUUCGAGGGAUAGUGGAGGAAGAAAUCCAGGCGUUGGUAUCUAGAAGAGACAACAUUGCCACCCAUCAUGCCUAUCAAGCUUGGGCUCCAGUGCCUUGCUUAUCUGCUGCAACCACAGGAGCACUGAUCAGUCAUGAGAAGCUGCUACUGCAGAUCAACACAGAGCGAGAAAUUGGAAACAUGAGCUAUAAGCUUGGCCAGGUCUCCAUCCACUCGGUUUGGCUUGGGAACAACAUUACUCCGCUGAGACCAGAGGAGCUAGAUGAAGAUGAAGAGGAUGAGACUGAUGCUCCAGCUCCAUCAUCACCUCCAUUGUCUCCAAUUAACUCCAGGAAACAUCGGGCUGGAGUGGACAUACAUUCCUGUUCACAGUUUCUCCUAGAGCUGUACAGCCAGUGGAUUCUCCCCGCUAACACUGGGAAGAAGACUCCAGUCAUCUUGGUCAGUGAGGUUGUGAGAUCGCUUCUGGCGGUGUCUGAUUUAUUCACGGAGAGGAACCAGUUUGAGAUGAUGUACACGGCACUAACCGAGCUCCAGAAACAGCACCCAUCCGAGGAUGAAAUUCUUAUUCAGUAUCUAGUGCCUGCAAUCUGUAAGGCAGCUGCCGUGCUGGGAAUGGAUAAAGCAGUUGCAGAGCCUGUCAGCCGGCUCUUGGAGAGCACCCUGCGUAGUACUCACAUGCCCAGCCGCAUUGGCGCUCUGCACGGCAUCCUCUAUGUGCUGGAGUGUGAUCUUCUGGAUGACACAGCUAAGCAGCUCAUACCCAUCAUCAGUGACUACCUGCUGUCCAACCUGAGGGGCAUUGCACACUGUGUAAACCUGCACAACCAGCAGCACAUUCUGGUAAUGUGUGCGACUGCCUUUUAUUUGAUUGAAAACUAUCCGUUGGAUGUGGGGCCAGACUUUACUGCGGGCAUCAUACAGAUGUGUGGAGUGAUGGUGUCAGGGAGUGAGGAAUCCACACCCUCCAUGAUAUACCACUGUGUCCUGAGAGGUCUAGAGCGCCUCCUGCUGUCCGAGCAGCUCUCCAGGCUGGACGGGGAGGCCCUGGUGAAGCUGAGUGUGGACAGGGUGAAUAUGCACAGCCCACACAGGGCUAUGACUGCGCUAGGAUUGAUGCUGACAUGCAUGUACACAGGUAAAGAGAAGAUCAGCCCUGGUCGUACCACAGAUCCAAGUCCUGCUGCCCCGGACAGCGAGUCUGUCAUUGUCGCCAUGGAGCGGGUAUCUGUGCUUUUUGACAGAAUCCGGAAAGGAUUCCCCUUCGAGGCAAGGGUGGUGGCCAGGAUCCUUCCACAGUUUUUGGAUGACUUUUUCCCUCCUCAAGAUGUAAUGAACAAGGUUAUUGGGGAGUUUUUAUCCAAUCAGCAACCCUACCCACAGUUCAUGGCAGCUGUCGUUUACAAGGUGUUCCAGACUCUACAUGCCACUGGCCAGUCCUCCAUGGUGCGUGACUGGGUGAUGCUCUCUCUCUCUAACUUUACACAGAGAACUCCGGUGGCCAUGGCAAUGUGGAGCCUCUCCUGCUUUUUUGUCAGUGCAUCUACCAGCAAGUGGAUUUCUGCAAUUCUUCCGCAUGUGAUCAGCAGAAUGGGCAAGUCUGAACCUGUGGACGUCAACCUGUUCUGUUUAGUGGCCAUAGACUUUUACAGGCACCAGAUCGAUGAAGAGCUGGACCGCAGGGCCUUCCAGUCAGUGUUCGAGCUGGUGGCUGCCCCGGGAAGCCCCUAUCACAGCCUGCUGAUGUGUUUGCAGAAUGUGCACAAGACGACGGUGUUCUAAGCACUUUGAGGGUGAGGCUGGUAUUGAAGCAGAAUUACAGGACAGUACAAGAAGAAUGACGCUGGUCUCUUCUUCACCAACAUCUCUACCCAGGCCCUACAACCUCACCAACCCCUCCCCGGAGUCACUGUGACUCUCACUCUGCUCUGAAUGUCUCUUCUUUGUAAAUAUCUGAUUGCAGUUAGAUUUCUCUUUUUUUUGCUUUACUACAGUGAAUGUAAAUGUCCUGUUCUUUUUCACGUUUUCCAGUGGCAGUCUGUAACAUCACAAAUCCGCAUCACUAAACUUAAAGCGUACAUCUUACUAAACCCUGUCUGUGUGGAGCCGAGGACAACAUCUACCAUAGCACUGAAUCAUUCCCCUCUAGUGCUGCAGGGGGUGACAGUCACCGCUAUGAGUAUUGUGGAAAGAUGGCGGAGCUGGAAAGAUGCUUCCCCAUAGUCUGCCGUGGGGGGACUUGUAUGUAACGAGCACGGCAAUAUCUCCCCUGCUUUCUUCACUUAAUUUGGGUAUUGACAGAAAUGAUUUUAACUCCUGUUUCUAUAUUAUGUAAAAUAUGUAUAAUUGUAAAACCUACAGUUCGUGAUAUUGUCAUUUCACAUUACAAAAACCACUCUGAUAAAUCAUCUUGCUUGUACUGACUGGUUUGUAGUCAUCAUUGGCCCAAACAAAGAAGAUAUUUUUUUUUUAAAUU